AUGACUCAAGAAACACAGAUCACGGAACACUUCGACGUCGCUGUGGUCGGCUUGGGUUGCCUUGGAAGUGCGGCUGCCUAUCAUGCAGCUCGAAAAGGUGCCCGAGUCAUCGCGUUUGAGCAAUUUGAGCUAGGACAUGUACGUGGAGCCUCACACGACACAUCACGUAUCGUCAGGACCUCGUACGACACACCCGAUUAUGUAGCGCUUGCAAAGGCCGCUUACAAAGAUUGGGCUGACCUCGAGAAAGCUGCUGGUGUAAAGCUAGUGACCGUGACGGGUGGCUUGACCUUCAUCACCAAGGACAGUGGUGUGUCAGCUCAUAAUUACGCCAGCAGUUUGAAAGCCAACAACAUUCCUUACGAACUCCUCGAUAUCUCCGAAGUUAGCAGACGGUGGCCUCAAUUUGAAUUAGAGGAUGGCAUAGAGACUGUCUACACCGCGGAUUCAGGCAUUGUCCACGCCGCAAGAUCAGUUGCAGCUAUGCAAUACGUUGCACGUAGCUAUGGUGCCGUUCUCAAAGAAUUCACACGGGUUGAUCGUGUAAGACCAGAAAUACCAGGUGAGAGGGUAAUUGUCAACACAUCGAGAGGAUCAUGGUCUGCAACCAAAGUAAUUUUGGCCACUGAUGCUUGGACGAACGAGCUCCUUGCACCACUCAAAGCAGAGAUUCCUUUGACCGUCACGCAAGAGCAAGUGACGUACUAUAAACCAACUAGAAUUACUGAUUUUGAGCCUGGCCGGUUUCCUUUAUGGAUCUGGGCGGGUAAGUUGUGGUUCUAUGGGUUUCCAACAUUUGGUGAGCCGACAAUCAAAGCUGGCCGUGACCAGGCAGAAAACUAUAUGACACCUGAGCAGCGUACUUACGUGCACUCUCCUACUUUACUCCAGCAGUUGACAGAUUUCAUCGACAAGCUCAUUCCUGACAAGACUCGUAAAGCGCUUCGUACAGUGACAUGUCAGUACACUGUUACUCCAGGCCGACAAUUCAUCAUCAGUCCACUAGCAAAUCAUCGAGACAUCAUUCUCGCCCUGGGAGCCGCCCACGCUUUCAAAUUCGCACCUGCUAUCGGUCGUGUGCUGGCAGAGUUGGCGAUUGACGGGAGUACUAGUGAAGACAUCUCCACCUUCGGAAUACCGCAUACUGAACUCACGCUAUCUGCUUCUAAACUCUAG